GCACUAUGAACUCAAAUUCAUCAAAAUUAGACCAAAACCAUCGAUCAAUCUAAGGUGAACGACCCUCGAAGCCUCCACAUAACCAAAACAAACAGUCCUAAGAUAACAAAAACAACAACACGAGAAAGGAAGACAAAAAAAGAAAAGAAAAGAAAAUAAGAAGUUCUGAUAAACAAACCAUGAGCUCCACAGAGACAAACGAGCCGCUAUUGAGACGGCUCCACUCUGAUUCUCAGAUUUAUGAACGGUCUUCGCCGGAGAUAGAGGAGUUUCUCCGUCUUCGUGGAUCCACGGUGACGCCACGCUGGUGGCUAAGGCUAGCCGUGUGGGAGUCAAAGCUUCUAUGGACGCUAUCUGGAGCCUCUAUAGUCGUCUCUGUGCUGAAUUACAUGCUCAGUUUUGUCACCGUCAUGUUCACCGGCCAUCUCGGUUCUCUUGAGCUCGCCGGUGCUUCCAUCGCCACCGUCGGCAUCCAAGGCCUUGCUUACGGUAUCAUGUUGGGAAUGGCGAGCGCGGUCCAGACAGUGUGUGGCCAAGCGUACGGAGCGAGACAGUACUCGUCAAUGGGAAUAACCUGCCAACGAGCCAUGGUCUUGCACCUUGCAGCUGCAUUUCUUCUCACGUUCCUCUACUGGUACUCGGGUCCAAUCCUAAAAGCAAUGGGACAAUCCGUAGCCAUCGCGCACGAGGGUCAGGUCUUUGCGCGCGGGAUGAUUCCCCAGAUUUACGCUUUUGCACUCGCUUGUCCGAUGCAGAGGUUUCUCCAGGCUCAGAACAUAGUGAACCCUUUGGCUUACAUGUCCUUAGGAGUUUUCUUGCUCCACACGUUACUCACGUGGCUCGUGACCAACGUCCUUGAUUUCGGCUUGCUUGGAGCGGCUCUGGUUCUGAGUUUCUCAUGGUGGCUGCUCGUGGCUGUUAACGGUCUCUAUAUCGUGAUAAGCCCGAGUUGUAAGGAUACUUGGACUGGGUUUUCAACUAGGGCUUUUAGAGGGAUAUGGCCUUACUUCAAGCUCACGGUAGCUUCGGCAGUCAUGCUAUGUUUGGAGAUAUGGUACAACCAAGGGCUAGUGAUUAUCUCCGGUUUACUCACCAAUCCAACAAUUGCUCUAGACGCGAUUUCGAUAUGCAUGUAUUACUUGAAUUGGGAUAUGCAGUUCAUGCUUGGUCUAAGUGCAGCAAUCAGUGUCCGAGUGAGCAACGAGCUAGGAGCGGGAAAUCCACGAGUGGCUAAGUUAUCAGUGGUGGUGGUCAACGUCACGACUGUUCUCAUCAGCUUAGUUCUCUGUGUCAUUUUGCUUGUGUUCCGCGUCGGCCUUAGCAAAGCCUUUACCAGCGACGCAGAGGUUAUAGCAGCCGUCUCUGACCUCUUUCCACUCCUCACCGUUUCCAUUUUCUUAAACGGAAUCCAACCAAUUCUCUCUGGGGUUGCUAUUGGAAGUGGGUGGCAAGCUGUGGUGGCUUAUGUGAAUCUUGUUACUUACUAUAUCAUUGGUCUUCCUAUUGGUUGUGUUCUUGGCUUCAAAACCAGUCUGGGAGUUGCUGGGAUCUGGUGGGGGAUGAUUGCAGGAGUCAUACUUCAAACCCUAACUUUGAUUGUUCUUACACUUAGAACUAACUGGACUUCCGAGGUGGAAAAUGCAGCUCAUAGGGUUAAGACUUCGGCAACAGAGAAUCAAGAGACGGCUAACGAAGGAGUUUGAGAUCAAUAGAGACUCUGUUUUUUUUUUCUCCUCCUUUGGUGGCAAGAGAUACAAUAUGAAAUAAGUACCCUUUUGAUUCUUAAGUUAUUUGAGGAUUCAGAAACAUAUAUCAUUUCUUUAACUACAGACAAAACUAACGGACGAACUACUUAGUCCUCUUCUGCAAAAUC